UGUCUUUUUGUGUUUGACUCACGAAAAAGAAGCAGCUGUAACAAGCAAAGUUUAAGUUAAAGUUUCUCCGGUUGAUACGCCGAGUAAAUAUUACCUUUGAGCACAUUAAUUCGUUGCUUGAAAGUUGUAACAGCACCAUGGCAGAGGAAAUAAUGUGCAAUUGAAGAGGGUCAAGAGAAAUCGAGAUGUUUGUCAGCUGAAACCCAUUCAAUGUAGCUAUGGGGACACCGUUCACUAUUGAUGACGCAUUUGUCCUGGAGGGGGAGGAGGAAGGCGUGGUGCCUGGAGAGGAUGUGGAUGAAUGGAAGGGGAGAGAGAAGGACGGUGGGGGGGAGAUGACAUUCGGACCUCUGUCUUUUGCCAAACAGCAAUGUCAUCCCUCUGCUUCGGCUGGCACUCCUGAACACAGCAAUCUGAAAUAUCAGAACUUGGAAAAUGAAGAUGCUUUAUGUGGGACUGUGAACUCUUCUUUCAACAACUUUUUUAAAAUCAGUGAUCCUGCUACCCUGUCCUACUGUAGCUCUCAGUGGUCAUUCAGCACACUCAGCUCAGUCACACAGCUGUCUGCUCACUGCUGCGGGUGGACGUCUCACCCUCUGGUGAAGAAGAACAGACGAGUUGUUCUGGCUUCGUUCCUCCUCUUAAUCACUGGAGUCGCUUUGAUCUUUACAGGCAUUGUCAUACAGUUAAACCCACACGCAGGUGUUUCAAGUGCAAUCUUUUUUGUUCCCGGAUUUCUUCUUUUCAUUCCUGGUGUUUAUCAUGUGAUCUAUAUAAGCUGUGCAGUUAGGGGGAGAAGAGGAUUCAAGUUCUUUUAUUUGCCAUACUUUGAGAAGUGAAGAGUUCUCACAUCAUUCAGACUGGUGGGCUGAAUGGUCUGAACAUUUCAAGGACCAAUUAAAAAUAUCAGCAUUUCAAAACCCAACAAAAUGAAGUAUGAAUAUGAAGAUUUUUACAAUCUCCGUUAUAGUUUUAUAAAUGAUUUUAUCAUUCCUGUAGAAUUAAAUACGGAGGUGUUAGAGUCACUUCUACAGAUUAAGCUAACAUGCAAGUUUAACUAAGAUUUAAAGUGUCCAAAACAUGAAAAGGCGAGAGAGCAGGGAUUGUAUUCAUCUACAUUUAUUAAUUCAAGAGGUUAUUUAAGUAAGACAGCACAUUUCUCUGUGACAUUUUGUAUAAGUUGUGCUACACUGUUGUCAGUGUACUUUCUCAAUUCAAUGAAUCAUUUUGAAAGCAUAUGUAUGAAAUUGUACACCACUAACCUUAAUGUGUAGUUAAAAUGAAAUGAUUGACAAAAUAAAUGACACAUGGAAUAAAGAUGCAGCCAAAUCAAGAAGACGACCAUUUAAGACACCACUACAAGCACAUACAUUCUUAAAUGUAUUUCAUUUCUUUGUAAAAUCAUGCAAGAUGCAUAAACCUUAGUAAAUUAUUUUUUCUACUGCACAUCAAUGUUCGUUUUAACAAGUACCACUACUAAUACUUUGAUCCACUGUUUUUGUGCACAUUAUUCAAGAAAUUGAGUGUUGCAAAGAUGUGUUGUGUACUGUAUAAAUCUCUUUGACACUGCAAUAAACCUGUUUUUAUAUUUACUUUUAAA